CAAAUGCAAGUUUAAUAUGGCGCAGUACCAAAUCCAUAAGCAUUAGGAAAUGCUAUCGGAAAUGCUAUAGCUGGACAAAUACAAUAAUAUGGAGCUUAGUUUUUCACGGCCGAUGUAAGGAAAGUAUAUUAUUUUUAGCCAUUUGCAGGAGUGAACUAUAUGCUCAUUAAUCAAAAACCAGAGUAAGGAAUCGACAAUAAUCAUUAGCUGCGUAGAAUGCAUAUGUCCAUGCAUUGGGGAAAAGAAAAACAGUUAUCAAAUUUCAGUCUCUGAACAAACAGGACACCUUGCGUAAUAGUAGCUUGGAAUUAUAUAAGAGGAAUCCGAAUGUGCUCAAAGGUUCUUUUGUUAAUGCUGGAGAGCUCUAGAUCUAUUAUUCAUCAACAAUCAAAAUCAAAUCAUGUUCAAAGCACAACGUAAGGCAAAAUUUAUAUUUUAGGAAUUUAUAAAGUUCCUUCAGUUUUAUGUUUACCAUGUGAGAGACCGGAAAUGGUUGUGUCUCGUGACUCUGAAGUGAUAGGAUAUCUCAAGUAACCCUUCAUGUGUUGUGGAAGAUCGGAGUAACUUAUCACAUCUAUAUCUAGAUGCCCAUUACCAAUCCUUGAGGAGAUUGAUAUUUGUGACCCCUCAGGCAAUACAAGGUAUUUCAUUUCUGGAGAAUUUGUUCAAUGCGGUUGUGUUACUAGAAUGUGUGCCAUACCAAGGUGUACGGGUCCUUGUUAAUACAUUGACUAUGACAUUUAUAACCCUAUGAAAUAGAAAGUAGGAAGAAUUAGAAAUAUUUUUAAUGGUUGCGCAUAAGAAUAUUGUAGCAAGGCUGAUAAAUUUUUAGUAGAAUUCCCACUUCAAUGCACUUCUUAAGACAAAUGCCUAAUUCUUUUUGCUGCUAUCACAAUUGAUUAUGAUAACUUUGAAUAUACAUUUUGCAAUUUGCCUUGA